CAAAAAUCUGUGUGUAAUAUGGAAAUUCCAUGCUUAUUAAGAGAUUAGCAGGCGAAAAUCUAAUCAAUUUAACCAGAUGUGUUGAGAAAAAAAAACUCCAAUUUUCCGCACGUCUAUUGCGUGUGGGGAAAAAAAAACAUCGUGGCAUCAAUUGGAUUGUGGGAGUUGUAGUUUGAUACGCUUGCUUUGUGUCAUUCAACCCGCACGCUUUGUGUUGACGUAAUGAUAUAUUUUUGCUAGUUUCUGAUCAAAUACAGAAGUGUUAUUGUUAAUUGAAUGAAAAUAUGUAUUCUAAUAAUAUAAGUAUAUAAGUGGCUUUAAAAAAAUAAUUUUAAUGUUGAAAUAUUCGUGCACAGUUCGUUCGGCGCUGCAGGCUACUGAAUCCAAAACGUAGUUUGAAAGGCAUGUAGGCGCGAAGUAGUGAAGAAUAUCCAAAAGAACGGACAAUGCAGAAACCAAAUUAUGCUUAUCGGCUGUUAACCAAAUACGUGCGCAUUUUCAAAACUUUACAGGUAAAUCACCGUGUUUCUUUUCAUAUUGACGCAAGUUCGAGCAUCUCGUUAAUGCAUUUCAAAACAUAAAUUAAACCUCUGAGUAUCGGAUUCAUGUUUUAUAUUUAUCAGUUUAUUUGAUUUGGAAAACAAAACAGGAAGUCGUUAGCAUUGUGGGACGUGUAGUUCCGCUCUGGAGCAGCUGGGCUUGAUAACGGCGCGCUGAGGAGCGAAACAAAAUGAAAUAAAAGAAAACUUUAUCUGGAUUUCUGCUCAUCGAGCUAGAUACCGAAAUAAGCAUGCCGGGCUUCACCUGCUGCGUCCCGGGCUGUUACAGCAACUCGCACAGGGACAGGGAUCUGCGAUUCUAUACCUUCCCAAAGGAUACGGUACAGAGAGAGAUUUGGCUGAAGAACAUCUCCCGGGCCGGGGUAAGCGGCUGCUUCAGCACCUUCCAGCCCACCACGGGCCAUCGGGUCUGCAGCAUUCACUUCGCGGGCGGGCGGAAGACUUAUAGCGUUCGGGUGCCGACGCUUUUUCCGCUAAGGGGAGUCAACGAGAGAAAGAACAGGAGAGGCAGGAAAGGUAAAGUGUCCGCCACCCUCCCUGUCAUCACCAGCGUAGUUUCCCUUUCUGCAAACGCGGGUGCGGAGCUGAGCGCUGCGAGCCCAGAAGUCGGUGUCGACGUGCUCCCAAGCGCAGGCAAAGUGGUGAAAAAUGGCCAGAACGGACAGGCCGCCGAUCCCGCCGAGGUGACCGUGCAGGGCGACGGUCCGUGUUUGGCCGCGACGGCGCGCGAUUUGCAGCACAACGCGGGAGCCGCGAGCUCCGCCGCCGGUCCGCCGAGUGCCCGGUACACCGUGGUGGACCUUUGCACGCUCGGAGCGCUGGAUCACCCCUACUCGCUGAACACCGGCACCACCGCAGCCGAACUGCUGAAGAAGCUCAACGAGCAGCGGGACAUCAUCGCCUUGCUGGAGAUAAAAAUGAAGGAGAUGAAAUCCACCAUCCGUCAGCUUAAAGUAACUGAAGCGAAACUGAAGGAGGAAGUGAGGGAAAGAGAUCUGAUGCUCUCCGGGGCUGCUGUUCGGAAGAAAGUGUGAUAUGAAUGAAAGACAUUAAGUAGAAGACUGGGCAGUUUGUUACGAACAACAUUUUUUAGGGGUUACCAAAACAAAAGUGAGCCGUCUUUUGUAUAGAAUUAUCACAGUUGGUUUAGAUGAGAAUUUCAAGUUGUUUUUUUUUUUUUCUUUGAAAUGCCUUUAGCUACUAAUACUAGUUUCUCCCAGGCAUAGUGUAGUACGAUAGCAUACAUUUUAGUGCGCAGUUUGCAUACCACUCGUGUUCCAGUCGAACUGAGAUUGUAUAGCAAAAAUCCUGAUUGCGAUCACCAAAUGCAUUUGCUUUAUGAAAGCAUAAGAUUUUGUCAUCUUCAAGUGAACUGUGAUGUAAACGUGCUGAAAGGUUUAAAAGACAAACAAAUGAAGGUGAAAAGGACAUGCUACUUCAUGUAUUUAUAUUUUUGUGUAAUUUCUUUUUUUAUGUAUGCAAUUUGUCAAAAGUCGUUUUAACAGCAACUAUACAAUCAAUUCCUUUUGCACUUAAAGUAAAAUUUCAAGUCAUUAGGAACUUGCUUGAUGAAUUUCAAUAAAGUUUACUAACAUUGUGA